GGAUAGACCAAGGGAGGGGAAGAGAAAUGAGAAAACAGAGUGAACACCCCAUAGCAGGACGGCGCCUGAACCGAGAGCCGCAGUUUAUUGUUACGAGCACGUGAUUCUUCACUGAGUGCAGGAUCUGGGCUCUGAGGUCUAGCCGUGUGAGGGGCAGAAAGUCAGGCGCUCACUUCUGGCUGCAGGCUGACCAUGAUGGGCUGGAGGAUGGUGAUUGUUGCACUUCUAUCGCACAAUAUCUACGCAAGUGAUACUCAGUGCCAUAACAAAGCUCUGUUCCCAUCCACGGUGAACUCCUCUAUUCUGAACUCCAUAGCGGAUGCCAACCUAUUUUUUGAGAUCCUGCUGGAGGGGCUGGAGGUGGGAGAGGAGUGCACACCUUUCUGCGUGCAGGAUGAAGAGCUGGCCUCCAUGCGACUCACCCGCAGGCUGGAAGAUGUCAGUAGGAACGUCCUGCCCACAAAGCUGGCCGACAUCCAGCGCCUGACUUCUGCCCUGUCUCAGCUCCCUGGAUCUCUCUGCAGGGUGGACUUUGAACAUGUCGUGCUGACCUUGGUACACACGGCCUACAGGAUGGCCAACACCGCAGGCCACCAGAGGGAUGCCUGGGCAGAGUCUUUUGUGAACCUUUAUAAAACUGUGAAGAAAGAUCUGAGGAGUGCUGCUUAGCACGCCUGAGCUCUACUGUUCACCAUGUAACACUGCAUCCAGCAAUUAUGAGUUACAAGUGCUCGCUUUGACCAGGCAAAAAACAACAGAAAUGACUAUAUUAACAGGGUCACGCUCAGCUUCAAAGCCAAUUUUAUCUCAGUGCCUGAAAUAACUCCACGCUCAUAAUUUUAUUUUGUACAC